GGCCUCUUGCGAGACCUGCUCACGGGAAAGAUCAGGCUGCAGUCUGUGCCGAACAGCGACGUGGCCGCGGCGCAGAACGACGUGAAGAGGCUCUCGCUGCCGCAGCUGCUGAAGCUGCGGGUGCUGCACCUCGACUUCGUCCCCAGCGGCUGCGGCGCGGACACCGUGCACUCCGUGGGCGGCACGCAGGAGGCCUUCCUGGCGCUCCUCGACGGCCUCCUGUUCCAGCAGCUCGGCAGGAGGGCCGCCGGGGCCCUCCUGGGAGGCGCCGCCGCGCCCGGCGACGACCCAGAGGAGGCCUGGCACCGCCUCGGGCGCGAGGCGGUGCUGCUCCGCGCCGCGGCCUCGGCCGUGACCGCCUCGCGGUGGUGGUGCUGGUGCCCAGGACAGCCGAAGGGCCUACUUCGACGCCGCGGCCUUCGCCUGCUCCGCGUCCUUCCCGGACGCGGGCGCGCUCGAGGUCACCGACCUGUCCAAACCCGACAAGCACGACCCGUCGGGCCGGCUGCGCUGGAUGGACUGGCGCAUCUCUCUCGUCGCCGACGAGGCGUCGGUGGCCCCGGGGCCCUGCAGUGGUGCUCGCCCGCAGGCAAGGAAGGACGGACCAGAAAACGAAGGAGGCUCUGGAAGCACUUCGGCAGGAUCUCGAGGCCAGCAUGGACGAGUCGACGGACAGACGCCGCCGCGGAGCCGCAGGUCGGGGCCCGCGGGGGCCCGCACGGCGGCGGCGGGCCCCGGGCCGAGGCAGACGGGGCCGGCUCGGAGGCCCCGUCCGGGGCGGCCG